AUGGGAGCCGCUUGCACGUUCUCCGCGGCCUCUUCGGAAGAUGAGUUGGACAUCGAAGAGGACCCUUGGUCAGUCAGCGAUUUAUCGAACAGUCUCCCAAUUGUGCAAUCUCCGCAGUCGUCCACUCCUUCGAUGAAGCCUCGUCCAAAGCAAAAGGUAGUCCGACCAGAGGCUUCGUUGCUACCCUUGCAGCCAUUGCAAGACCAGGCCUUUUGGUCUUCGAGAAGGCCAGUUGUUGUCUGCUCUCGUCGGGCGGUGCCGAGCAGGACCGACUUCGCUGGGCUUUGGUUUUGCUUCGAGACCGAGGGCGACAUGGACGCACUUCUGGUGUCGCUGGAGGUAAGUUGGGCAAAACGUUGCGCAGCUUCCGCGAUAAGCUACGGGGCAGGCUAUGUUAGCCGAAAAAUAACCCAGAGCGGUGACGACAUAGAAAUGGAGGUCAUUGGCACACCCAGCGAUUUCACGCAGCGAUUUCGUGUCGGUGCCGGCUGGCAGCGAGCAGCCGGGCCAGAUGGUGAUUGCUGGGUGCAUCCCAUUUGGCAAGGCAAAGCCUUGCGUGUUGACCAGAUGGAUGAAGACGGCGGAGCAGUGGUCAUCGGUCACCAGCUCUUGCCAUGGGGUCUUCUCAUAACGAUGUCGGCGCAUGGUAGUGCCGCAGCCGAUACCGGGCAUGGCGACCAGGCCGUGCUUCGCUUGUUUGGCUUACAGUACUUGCUUCGACGUGAGGUGUACGGUGUACUGGUGACACGCAUCAGCCGAACUGCGGCAGUCAUGGACUUCAUCAAGGGUCUGCACCAACGCUUUUGCUUGCAGGAGCUUGGGAUUGAUCUGGGCAGCAAAGCAGGGAAGGUGCUGGGUGGCCGAAUCUUAGAGGCCCUGACGACAGCAUACGGUAACAUGAUUUUCUCUUCUGGGUUUAUUCAUGGAGAUCCACAUCCUGGGAACAUCUUCGUGAUGGAAGGUGGAAGGGUUGCGCUGAUCGACUGUGGUCAGGUGUGCCAGCUCUACCGGGAGCAGCGGCUUCUGGUAGCAGAGGCGAUUCUAGCUGCAGCUGCCUAUGAUGGCAGUCGAAGCAUGAUCCAGACCUUAGCCAACUGCGUUCGCAACUUCGGAGUCACGUUUUUUCAAGGCCAAGAGGACGAAGAUGCUUGUGCAGCGAGCGUCGCCCUGUACUUGUUUGGCGACAAGGAUGUGGAGUUCCCGGGCGGAUAUUCCAAGGAGGAAUUCAGCGACAAGAGUCCUCUGCGUCAGCUGUGUUCUUUCCCAACGGAGCUGGUGCUUCUGGGAAGAGCGUUGCCCACUCAGAUCUGUUUGAUGUAUGUACUCACAGGUAUGUUGGUUGCUUCAGAGUUUUGUUGGGCAGUAGCGAUGCAGAAGACGGUUUUCCAUGAUCGCGGGACCAAUGCCCCUGCCCCACCCUCUCGCCUUUAA